GGAAACAUUGUCCCGCGGUCGGCCAAGCCAAACGCUCACGCCACACCGCGCACGACCAAAGCGCGCGAGCCGGGAAACAAGCCUCGCGGCCGCGCAACCCUUCCGCGUACCACGGCCGAUGCAUCCGUCCGAGCCGGGAAAGAACGUCCCACGUCCGGCCGAGAAUUCUCAUCGGCCAAGUUUCAAUCCGCUCGACCACGCCGGCCGACCGCGAAUCCAUCCGACCCCGACCGUUCCGACUCGCCCACGAUCCGAUUGUCCGGCCGAUCGUCCCGCACGACCGUCCCAACGCCGCGGUCGACCCGAAGCCCUUUUUGA